UGGGCCGAUGACGUUUCGUUGACUUGACGCGGCUGCCAUAAAUUAGCGGUGUGUCGCUUGACCGGAGACAUUCGCCCUCUUCUCCGUCGCCUGCUUGUUCGUGCGGGACACGCGUUCAUUCAACCGCCACCAUGAUUAAAAAUGUGGAAAAUAUGGAUGAUUUCAAGAAGGAACUGAAGGAUGCCGGGGACAAGCUGGUGGUGGUGGACUUCACAGCCACGUGGUGCGGCCCCUGUAAAAUGAUCGGCCCGUAUUUUGGCCAACUGUCGGAGAACCCGGAGUUCAGCAACGUGGUUUUCCUGAAGGUGGACGUCGACGAAGCUGACGAUGUCAGUGUGUUCUGCGGAAUUAAAUGCAUGCCCACAUUCCAAUUUUUCAGGAAGGGAGAGAGGGUGGAAGAGUUCUCUGGCUCCAACCAAGACAAGCUGCUCGAAUUACUGAGGAACUUAAAAUAAAAAUCCCGGAGACCAAAUCCACGCACGACCACCUUACAUAAUCUUCACAGAAACCGCCGUUGGCCUCAGAAAUUUUCACGUUUAAUUUCAUACCCAAUAACCAUCAGUCCCUCUAUUCCACACCGGCGGUAAAUUUUAAUCCACUUAUUGUAGUCCGCUCAGAACCAGAUCCAUCUAAGACAUUUUACUCAAACCGGAUGUGAUUAUCACUUUUUAAGUUCUGUACCAUGAAUUGGAAUUUCCUCCUGAACAUCUCUCUGUACGGUAUGUAUUCAACAAGGUUGAAUUAAUAAAUGAAGAUGAGAUA